AGCCAAGCCCCGCACGGUGCUGCUGCUAACCAAAAAUUUUGAUCGUUCGUCCGUCGCGGUUCAUUCAUCAGAAAUUUCAGAAGCAGAAUCAUGAAGAAGAGUGUUUGCGCGUCGAAGACGGAAUUAUCGGGCGAAAAUUGUACGGGAAAUCGCGUCGCGAACCGCUGGUAAAGUGAACGGGUGUGCAAACUGUGCUCGGGAGUGCCGCGAACGCCGGAAGUGUAGAAUCGACCCCGGACGGCAGCCGCCAGCAGCGGAAAACGAUGAAUAUGUCCAGCUGGAUGAUACGCAAUCGGAGCCAGCGACAGAGAAGUCGCCCGGCUCCGGAAGAUUGCUACCGUCUGGACAUGGGCAAAUCGAUCCGGGAGAACGCCCAGGACAUUUACGUGGGCCUCAGUGCCCGAACCACAAACGAAAACAAACGACUUAGCCUGUUGAACGGGCUAGUGAAGCUAAUCGAACGAUGGAAAAAGGAGAACGCCCUCGGCAGCUGUCCGGUGCUGAUCGGGAGUCCCCAGCGGAAAGUUCUGCAGCAGCGCGAACGGGCCCUCGAGUUCGCCGUGGCCGAGUGGCUGUACUGCAUCAGUGCGUCACUGGUGCACCAUUUCACGCAGAUUCGCGCCGGGGCGCUGCGAGCCAUUCGGCACCUGCUGAUGGCACCGGGCGAUGUGAGGGCACUGAACGAACUUCAGUUGGGACAUUUGGUCUGCCGUAGUUUGGACGUGCUGUUGAAGAACGAAGAAGAACGAGUGCAGGCGUUGAAGUUGGUCCGGAAGCAACUGAUGGUUGCCCCGGAGCUGGUGUGCCCUGCCUUGGUGAGGUGUUUGGUGUCGCUGGGGGAAAGUGGAGCCGAAGAUCGUACCAUGCGGAUGGACAGGGAGGAUCGUAUGUUGAGGGCCUGCUUGGCCACGUUGUGCGAGUUUGGAGUGUUGAAUCCGAGGCUUUUGAUAGUGUGUGGGGGAGUUAGUGUGAUUACCAGGAACGUGUUGGAGUGUCACAGUCCGCGAAUAGCGGAAAGUUUGUGUGGGGUGUUGUUGCACCUGCUGGAAUGGCCAAAAACGCGACACAUUGCCGGAGUCCGGCUGGAUUGCUUAGGCGCUCCGUAUUGUGAUUUCACGUAUCGAUUAGGAAUUAUGGAUAAGAAUAAAGAUGCACGAGACUUGCGGUUUACGUGCAGUAGGUUGGCGUUGUUGUCGGUACUGCGAAGCUGGGCUGGGACGAUAGAGUUUUGCAAUCCGGCGAAACCGUCUGGACUGAAAGCAAUCAUCGAUAUUCUGUAUCUGAAUCAGCUGGAAGUGCGCAAAGCAGUGUUGGAUCUGCUGUACGAACUUUUAGGUCUUCCGCAGCCCGUUUGGUCUGACGAAUAUUCGGUGGCGCUGUCGGUGGUUGAUCCCGCGGAGUAUCAGGACUCGUGGCGUCUGAACGAAGGUUUUGUGGCGGCGGAAGGAAUCGCGGUGCUUCCUUCGCUGGCAAGCUGUGUGCCAAACGUUUCCGAUAUACAUCUCGCUCUACUUUUGUACUGUUUUAUCGAAAAUGGGCUUCUAAAUGCGCUGGUGGAGGUGAUCAUCUCGAGUGAUACUUUCAUUUCGGUUCGAGCGACAAUCUUGUUGGGGAAAAUUCUGCAUCAAAUGCACCUGCUGCUUCCGGCGGAAAUUUGCAGUUCGACACCGUCGACCACGCUACCAACGCUUAUCUCGAAAGCAACCGAAGGUAAUCAUCAGGCCAAGGCUGCUAUCGCUUCCCUCCAGCAGUUUCAUCAAAUGCUUCAAAAUCGGCCGGCUUCCUGUUCGUUGUUCCUGGAUUGUAUCAUCCAGAGUGGAGAUCUAAUCAACACCAGGAUAUUUAAGCGGGAGCUGAGUGCUCAGGAAUCAGUCCCCCUACCAGCAACCAAAUAUGCGGUCGUAGACAGUAGCUCCGGAUUCGGUACGAAACGCGUUCGCCACGAUUCAGUGGGAUCAACGGGUAGCUCCAGUGGAAGCGGAGGCGUCGGCGGUCGCUUAGGGUAUCUAUUUACCGGAAGUCUUCCGAUGCAGAAUGGAUCCUCCUUGGACGACAGCGGAAUGGUGGUCUCGGGCAAAAACAACAGUUCGAAACGAUCCAGCCUGAAGCGGGCUCGCUUCAUGCAGUUCUUCGACAACAUCAAGGAGAACGAAAGACUCAUCAGGGACUCGAAUGUGCUGGGGAACAAGGACGCCAACAUGUGGGACUGGGAUAUUGUCAUCACAAUCUUCCGGUCGGACAGCUUGGGAAGCAAGCUGGAUGUUCAGAAUACGCGGUUCAUCAGGAGAAUCAUCGACUACUUUAAGCCAAGUAAUAACCGAUUCUCGCAUCAAGAUUUGACCAGAUAUAAUCGGCAGCUACCUGCGUACGUGACGGCGGCUCUAGAGUUACUCGACUGGUUGCAGCAAAGCCAGGAGCUGGAAUGCAUCCGGAUACUGACCGAUCUAUUCUUCGAUAUCAGUCGUCAGCUGAUGUCAAUCCACACCAAGAAAUCCGCUCACGAAUGUUUGUUCAGUCCGCAGCACAUGACCAGCACCAUGUGCCAUCAGUACUUCCUUUUUAUCGGUAGAUUGUGUCGAACCGAGAAGGGGCUUUCCGUGCUAACCAACACAGAUGUAUUUAAAGAACUGACGACAAUCGUCACCAAAACCAACCACAUCUGCUACGUCAAGCUGAUCGUAUCCGGGCUGGAUUACAGUCUGGACGGAGAGCCUCGCAAGAUCCUGAUGCGAGCUCUGCUCAAACAUCCUUCAGCCAAAGCCCGUCUCUACGCGACCCAGUUUAUGCGAGUGCUUCUCCGAGCACGGUUACCGAACUUCGAGGUGUGGGGCAUGCCGCUGCUGUUAAAACUGGUCGAUGAAUGCCAGGCCAAAUGUGUCCAACUGGCAGCGCUUGAAAUCCUAGAGGAAGCAUGCUACGAACGGACCUACCUGGAGGAACUGGUCAACGUUUGGCCCAACUUGGAGCGGGUCAGCGAUCACGGAAAGCUAGUCAUGAUGAAGUUCUAUUCGAUACCGAGAGGCUUGAACCACCCGGAGGCGCGGAUCAAAGAGGAGAUCGAGACCUGGGUUAAGGGCUUCAAUAAAAAAUACGUCCUACUGAUCGAAGCCGAUAUCCACGCCCACCUGACGCAACAUACCAAAACCGAGGACGGAACGUACAGCCGAAGACAUUGCGCCCAGCGGGUAGGCGUUACCGCUCCCAACAUGUUACCACAUUUGUACGGCCAACUGGUGCAGACAACCAAGGGGAUAACCCAUCUGCAGGCCCACGGCGAGCUUCUAACUCUCAUCGACACCCUUCUGCUGGCCAAGUGCACCGACGAGAAGGAUGUCAUAGCCUUGAAGGCAGCCAUGUGGGCUUUGGCGCAUUUCAGCACCAGCAAGGAAGGAGUCUCCUAUCUGAACGAAAUUUCAGCAACCGUUUUCGAACAUUUCGUACAGCUCGCCAAAUACGCCGAAGUCUAUUCGGUCCGUUCGACGGCCUUCAACUGCGUUUGUCUGAUCUCCACCACCCAGAUGGGCGCCGAAGUCCUGCAGAAGCUCGAUUGGAUUGCGGUUCGGCACGAUCGCAGCACCUACUGGCCUGUCAACGAACCAGAUGAAUGGUUUCCCAAGCAGUUCAACACUCCCGUCCGACAUAACUACGAAUUCCCACCCUACAACUACACUGCACUGCUGGAAACGAAUGAACCACUAAUCCAGAACGAUUCCGACGAGCAACUGAUCGUUUCACGUAUGGAAAGCACAACCGUCGGUGAAGAUCAAAGCGAUUGUGCCGCUGCGUCUACGUCCCGAUCCAAAACCCUCCCGGAAAGCAUCCUCGGCCCGAAUCGAACUCCAUCUUCGCAAACCCAUAAACGCUCCCUCUCGGAGUCCAAAACAACGGACGGCAUUAGUUUGAUGAGUACGACGGCCCCGCCAGCUUCCGGUCAAAUGCCCAGUUACCCAACCUAUACGAGAACACGCUACAACUCCGGCACGGAUUCCAACACGUCCGGCGUGAGCAGCUACGAGUCCAUCUUCGGUAGUCGCUUCCACGCCGACAUGAUGCAGCAGGGCCAACUCUCGCCCAUCCCAAGCAGCUCGAACCUGAUUGAUUUGAAGAAACUAUCCACGGAGGAAAAGUACCGGCGGGUCUCGCUCACGGGAUUACCGCUCAAGGAAACCAGCUUUAUGACGGCCCAAGAUCUGUACGGCUAUCACACCCUUCGGAUACUGCGCCGACGCUGCCGACCGAUGUUAUCCGAAUCGGCAGCGGACGAUUUGGCGGAGAUGAUGGACGAUACCAUGGGUAGCGUGACGUCCUCGUCGUCCACUUCGACCAUCUCGCGGUUCCGGCUGCGGGCGUCAAAAGUGCUGUACGAACAGCAGCGGAAGCUCAAGGUUCGCAGCCUGGAUCGAAACCAUAGCUUCAAUGCGGUGAUGGGGUAUGACGAAUUUCGACAGAGUUUACGGAUCAAGCAUCAGAGACUUCAAAUGCAGGCAGAAAUACGGGGACCCUGUUAUGCAGGAAUCUGUCUCCCGCGAAACAUCCUCAAUCUGUUCCCCCAUGAAGAGUCCUCCGGUACGUACGUUUCGAAUUUCACCCUCAACGAGCUCGACUCUAACAUCUCGGUUGAGCUGGACUCCCGAGGUUCGAAUGCCGCAACCAGCAACAUACAGAUCGUGGAUCGUGAAUCGGCCGAUUCCAUCAAACUCUUACGUGCCAAUUCCGUUGACAGCAACGGAGUGGGACACGUUCGCGACGAGUGCCUGCAGUGCUGCCGCCGACGGCUUGACCCGUCUGGCAUCAGUUCCAGCAGUCGCAGUGAGUUCUUCAACUCGUCGGAGAGUUCCUUCAGCGACGAGGUGGACCGCACUAGGGCAAGCAUUCUGCGACACGUCCAACGGAUGGCCAAUCCCGUGUGGAGCAAGCAGAGCCGUACGCAGCUGCUGGAACUGAAGCAGAAGCAUCCGAGCGCGUUCCAAGACAUCUGCCUUUACUCCGAGGUGUGCCAACAGCUCGGUCGAAACACGUAUCGACUAGGGUCAAGGCGGUUUUUACAAGAGCUGUUCCUCGAUUUGGACUUUGGUUGUUUCUAUCGCGAAGCGGAGGAGAUCAGUACGGCCAAAAUGGAUCGGCUGGGUGGGCCGGAUGAUUUAGUUCCGUUGAAUGGGGAGGCGUCAUCGCCGUCUGGGUCGAAACAAGUUAUAUCGCCGGGAGGGUCUAAAGUAAGUGCAGUUGGUGGUUCUGAUGUGAGGACUAAUCACAGUGGAAAAACAAAUUACGAAACUAGCAAUACAACGCAUUUGAGCUCGAAUAACGAUGUAACUCGCAAUAGCAAGGUGCCUUCGCCUGUCUCGGGCGAAAGCGGAAACACGAGUGUUGGAAGUGGUAAUGUUAAUAACGGGAUCAGUGACAGUAGCAGCACUGGUCAGACGGGUCCGGCUCUCAAGCCACAUCAUGUGCGAUCACCACCGAUGGCAAGUCUGUACGAAACCAGCGUCGAAAAUUUAGCUGAGCUUAGUUCGACCCCGAAAGGGGUAGGAUUGAGGGUGCAAAUUGCCCAGCAUCAGGUGGAAAAGGCAAUGAACCGCCACUCGACCGGUACGGACCUCCCGGACGGUAUCACCAAAGACUUGGCAGCCGGUCGCUCCGACGACGACGAUCCCCCGUCAUCCUCGUCGGCAUCGGGAGCCAUAUCCCACAACCAGAAUACCAAAUAUAAAACCCGACCGCGCUUCAACACGCUGGAGCUGGACCUGAGCUGUACCAAAAACAAGUUCCCCAUCCGCAGGGACCGGGGAUCGUCGUCGGGCCGCUCGGUGACGGACUAUUCGCCUACGACGCCGACCGGCGGCAUCAUAACGACAUUCGGUGUGACGAUACUGGGUCCGCCGCCAGGUGUAACAUCGGGCGACAGCAGAAGCAGCAGCGCAGUCACAAGUCCGACCAGCGCAAUGCAGCAGGGCGCUCCGGCUUUGUUUUGCGAGCAAAGGUUGGAGCAGCAGCUCAUUAAGGGGAGCAAAUCGGAGGCCGCACUGACGGCGAAGAAGUGAAAAACUGUGUGUGUUUGUGAAAGAAAGAUGGAAGGACAAGUACGACCGAGGUUUGAUAGCGGAUGCAGUUUAGUGUGUUAUGUUUGCUUUUUAGGUGCAAAGGUGUUUUCAUUUCUAGGAACACGUGAUUGGUGAGGUUUUAGAGGAGGCAAUUUUACGGGAAAUAGAAUUGACAUAAGUUUAUUUGAACUGGA